CAUCUGCGCUAUGCUCCCUGUUGCCAUGUGGCACUAAUCUCCCUCCAUAUCUUCCAGGAAAUAGUAGCAUCCAGUGGAUGAACCACAGCAGAGGCGUGGAUUCCCAGCACUGUUGUCUUCUCUAACGCAAACAGGCUUCUUCGCCUUUAACUCUGCCGUGCCCCACAGUGCAGGGGAAAUGUAGUGUUAGCCUUUUUUUUUUUAUUUUGUCGGCACAUAAAAAGAUGCGCCGUCUAGUUGUUUCUAAUAAUAGCCGGUCUUAUUUUAACCACACCGACGCCUUAUUGCAUUAUGGAUGCCUCUGGAAUGGUGUCCCUUCCAGAUAGCGUGGGAAUAUUUCAGUAGAGGCUGUGGCCGUGCAUCUCAGGGCUAAAUGCUCCAGCAUCAUCUCCAUUCGCCCGCCUAUAACUGCAAGAGCAUCUCGUUUACCGGAGGCUGUGUCAUGCCUGUAGUCUGAGUCCAGGCUCCUGUGUACGGGCAUGCGUUUCUUUGAUCCGCUGCUGAUCACUUUAUUCUCUGCAUGCCGGAUUUAAGUCCACGGGAGCGCUAUGCGGGAGUAUAAGGUGGUGGUGCUCGGGAGCGGCGGGGUGGGGAAGUCCGCGCUGACGGUCCAGUUUGUCACCGGGACAUUUAUAGAAAAGUACGACCCGACCAUUGAAGAUUUCUACAGAAAGGAGAUCGAGGUGGACUCCUCUCCGUCGGUGCUGGAGAUCCUCGACACAGCCGGCACCGAGCAGUUCGCCUCAAUGAGAGACCUUUAUAUCAGAAACGGCCAAGGCUUCAUCCUGGUCUACAGCCUGGUCAACCAGCAAAGUUUUCAGGACAUCAAGCCCAUGAGAGAUCAGAUCAUCAGGGUGAAAAGGUACCAGCAGGUACCGGUGGUGCUGGUGGGUAACAAGGUGGACCUGGAGGACGAGAGGGAAGUGUCCCCCAGCGAGGGCCAGGCGCUGGCUGAGGACUGGGGCUGCCCCUUCAUGGAGACGUCAGCCAAGAGCAAGACCAUGGUGGAUGAGCUUUUCGCGGAGAUCGUCAGGCAGAUGGACUUCUGCCCUCUGCCGGACCGGAGAGAGGCCUGCUGCCCCGCCGGUAGCAUACAGUAGCAGAAGAUCAGUCAGUGUGUGUGUGUGUGUGUGUGUGUGUGUGUGUGUGUGUAUGUGCGUGUGUGUGUGUGUGUGUGUGUGUGUGUGUGGGGGGGGGGGGGGGGUGAUGGAUGGGAGAGGAGUAGAAAUUAGAGUCCAAAUGUAUCCAUGUUAGACAGCUAGAGGGGGUUAAAGGAAAAAUCCACUAUUGCUGUCACUAUUCUUAGCUGCUUCCUAAAGGAUUCUGGGAAAUGUAGGAAGUUGCAGGCAAGACAUUCACUAUUUCUACAACACAGAGUGGAUUUUUUUUUCCUUUAAAAAGAAACACACACAGACAGACACACACACACACACACACACACACACACACACGGCCUCCCUGCAUCUAUCACGGUUUUGUUGAUUAUUCCAGAGUGAAUUCCCGGGGUUUCCCAAAGGCAGCGCGGUGCCAAAACCAUCUUAAAAGCCAUCAACAAAGAGGAUCAUAGUGCUAAAUGCUUUUGGGAAAGCAGCCAUAGGUCCAGGCAAGGACAGCAGCGUGCUCAGCAGUUUUAUUUGUCCUGUUUUUCUCCUGCUUGUCAUUCUUUUUUGCACUUUUUUGGCAGUGCAAGGCCAUUCACCGAGUACCUGAAGAGAUGAGCAACACCACUGUGAAGGAGUCGUUACUGGAAGUGCAUUUUGAAGCAGGCCCACCUGACUAUGAAUGAAUGACAGGAUGAACGAAUGUCCAAAAAAGGCCGCACCUUUUGGGGGAGGGGGGGUUCAAUUUGAUUGGCGUCCCAGUCGUAACUGCGGACGACGUGUGCACGAAGUUGUACUGUCACAGUGGCGAGUGAGUACAAUCAAUCGCACCCAAAGAGACGGCAUCAAUCAGUCAGUCGAUAAAAUGUACCAACACUCUGCAGACACCUUACAGAUGAUACAAAUGCCUUGUUACAAUGUAUGACGUGAACAUCAGUGUCAGUGUGUAGUUCAUCUAUCUUUAGUCACAUCAGAUAUGUUAGUGGUUCCAUGUCAGAAACACUUAUUUUCAACAAAAUAAUAAAUCUUUAUGCACAA